CAACCCUCAUACAGAUCACUGUCGGUGUGUCAGCAAUGCCUAGCAAACCUGCACCUAUUAAAAAGUCUCCAGCCAAAAAGGCUGCAGAGAAAGCACCUGAGCCUGCUCCAGAGCCUGAACCUGCUCCACCUGCAGAAGCUCCACCUGCUGAGGCACCAGCUGAGGCAGCAGCUGCUGUUUUUGAGGAGGAAGCAGCUCCUGCCGCCCCAUCAGGGGACACAUCUACAACUGAGGGAGCUGCUCCAGCUGCUGCUCCCAUUACUGAAGACAGCGCUGCUCUUCCUGACACAGAUGCUCCAACAGAUGCUGCUCCAGUGGAAACUGUAGUUGAGGAGCCUCCCAAGGCCCCCACUCCCCCUCCUCCUGCAGUCCCCAGCAGUGCUCCACUAAAUGUAUCUGUAGAGGAUGUGAAUGACUCCAGCCUUACCAUUAAGUGGAAAACACCAGAGGCUGUCGGUAGCUCAGGCUUGAGCGGAUACACUAUCGAGUACUGCAAGGAUGGGACAACAGACUGGAUUGUAGCUAACGAGGAGUUGACCUUGGCUGACCGCUACUGUAUCAGGGACCUGACAGCUGGGGACCUGCUGCAUGUACGCGUCGUGGCCGUAAACCCAGGAGGCCGCAGUGAACCUGGGGUGCUUCCAGAGCCUGUUCCAAUCCGUGAGAUCCCUGAAAAACCCAAGAUCCGCUUGCCUCGCUCUCUCCGAUCCUGCUACGUCAGGAAGGUUGGAGAGCAGAUCAACAUUGUCAUUCCGUUCAUCGGGAAGCCCAAACCUGCAGUGUCCUGGCUAAAGGAUGGCCAACCUUUGGAUAAAAAGAGAGUCAACAUCAGGAACAGUGACUUCGACAGCAUCAUGUUCAUCCGCAGUGCUGAGAGGGAUGACUCUGGCAUUUACGAGAUGACAUUAAAAGUGGAGAGCUUUGAAGACAAAGCAACCAUCACCCUUCAGAUUGUUGACCUCCCGGGUCCACCUACGAGUGUGAAGCUGGUAGAUGCAUGGGGUUUUAACGCUGCACUGGAAUGGACUCCACCAAAGGACAACGGAAACUCAGAUAUCACUGGAUACACUGUUCAGAAGGCCGACAGGAAAACUGGGGAAUGGUUCACAGUGCUGGAGCAUUACCAUAGAUUAACAGCCACCGUGUCAGACCUAAUCAUGGGUAACUCAUACUUGUUUAGGGUGUUUUCUGAAAACCAAGUUGGAAGGAGUGAGAAUAGUGCUGUUACCAAGAAUGCAGCAACAAUCCAAAAAACAGGUAUUGUCUAUAAACCUCCUGAGUAUCAGGAACAUGACUUCAGCGAGGCGCCAAAGUUCACUACACCUCUCAUCAACCGUGCAGCCACUGUGGGAUAUACUACCAAGCUGCUGUGUUCUGUUCGAGGAUGCCCCCGACCCCAGAUUGAGUGGUUGAAAAAUCAGAUGAUUAUCGGAGAUGACCCCAAGUUUCGUAAGAUUUCUAAUCAAGGCAUCUGCUCAUUGGAGAUCCGCAAGCCCUGCAGCUUUGAUGGUGGUGUGUACACCUGCAGAGCCAAGAACGCUCAGGGUGAAGCUGUGGUCUCCUGCAAACUGGAGGUCAAACAGGUCAUUCUUCCAGACGCUGCCAAAGAAAAAGGAAAAUAAGAAAAACAAAGCAAUUUAAAGGAACAGCAGAUGUCUUGGUCUUAAGUGUUAAGAGUAUGUGUGGAGAUAUAGCGGCUGGCUGGGAAGAAGCAUGUAGGCAAUGAAGAUGGGGAGAAGGCAACAAGCCAACAUCCAAAUAUUUAUUUACAAACUAACGUCUUGACAACUGCUCUACUUAUAAAAUGCAAUACAGGCUCAUUUUCAGUGUUAGUUUAGAUGGAGAUGUGUAUGUAAAACUAUAUUUUACACUUUUACCUGCUUGUGUUUAGAUUUAGCCUACAAUUAAAAAAAAUACAUUUAUUAAAUGGGCUAAAGCAAAACCUCAUCAUGUUAAUUAAAAGUGUAUUUUAUUACAAGUCAUGUGGGUUAUGUUGUGUCCUUUAAGGUAUGUUAAACUGAGCAAAUUAGAAUUUUGGUGGACAUUAAUAUCUCCUUAAAUUGGAAUAUCAUUGAAAAGUUUAUUUAUAUUAGUAAUUUAAUAAUAAAAAAGGAUAUUCAUUUCAUACAGGAUUACUUAUUUUGAUAUUUAUUGUGUGUUUACUUGGUUUAUAGAUACUGAAAAACCAACUAUAUAGUUUUCAUCAAAUUUGAUUAUAUAAGACCACAUCAUUAUUUUUAUUUUCUAUAAAGGACUGAUUUUUUUUUAGCCAUGUCAUGGGCUACACAAUUAUGGAAAAGACUGAUAACCUGACAGUCACUCUUUAUGACAUAUACUCAUAAGGAGGAUAAGCCUGAAAGAUGAACAUGUAGUAGAUACAGAAAAGGCUUUUCCUCCAGGUAAAGGGCAAAUCGUGUUUCCUGAGUGGUCAUUUGGUGACAGGCUUAACGGAAUGACUGUGUGCUUGCUUUAUAAGUCUGUUUCCAUACUAGUAAUGAUUUGGGGAAAACUGUAAUUUACUUGAAUUGGUCCAGUGUGUUUUAUCAGGUCUAUAGUGAACAAAACAACCCAUCAGAUCAUCUAAGAGUACCUCAUGAUUCCCACGAGCUUUAUAUAGAUUUUUAUUUAAUUUUCCAGCUUAGCCUCUGUUCGCACUGCUAAUAUAUACCAAUUUAAUGAGCAUAGUAUGACUCUGUUUGUACAGCAAACAAUCUCCUCUUACCUAAACUCCAUAUACUAUGAUUGAUUGUAAAGAAGAGGACUAGAGCUAAGCAACUACCAACAAGUGUAGGACUGCUAUUAAAGCAACCCUGGCUUCUACAUCUGCAGGCACACAGGUUGACAUUCUCCCUGCUAGUCUAUGGAUGCAGGAUUUCACGCAAAUCUGUUUUUGUAACUGUACUAAUUUCAUAUAAAUUUUUUCAGUUUCUAUGAGCGGUGAAUCUCUAAUUAAUGGAAAGUAAUAAAUUAAAAUUUGCAUUAAAUUCCUGAAAAACAUUUUAAUGAUAUUCUUAUUGAUCGAGAUACAUCUCUGCUAGACUUAAUCUGUUGGCUCUAGAGACAGGUCUAAAAAUCACAACUUCCUUUUUAAGCAAAAGAAUAAACUGUUGCUCCAGUUUUUAA